GAACUGAAUGAGCUGCAGCAGGUCAAAGGCCCACAAUGAACCAGUGAGCUGAGACAUGAGCAACUGCUGUGUGAUCCCAGUUAGGGAUGUGUAACCCUAUCCUGUGUUCUGCUUGCCAGCUCAUACAGACAUCAGCUCUGGUUCAUCUGGCUGCCCUUCAGAGCUCUGCAAAGGUUCUUAUCUACAGAGUACCACAGGAUCCUUUCCUGAGAUGCCUUGGACCUGUCUGAGGUGCCACAGAAAUGCUGAUUUUGCUGGAUGGGGUGAGCACAGCCUACAAUAUAACAUAUACAGAGGACACAAACUGCAGCCACACAAGGUGGUUGCACUUGUUUCAUGAUAUUUUCUCACAGGGAAGGAAUGGAGAUAAACUGGAAAGCAUCCUUAUCCCUCACAGCUGUUCACAGCCUUCACAGGCUCAAAUACAGCACUGGGUGGCUUUGUAACACUUGGAAUGUCUGAAUGUUGGUUGAUCAGUAUGUUGUGCGGCUCACUGCUUCCUUGGGGUAUUUGGGAGCCAGAGAGGGAAUCUGGAAGAGUUUGACAAACUUGCCACCUUUGAAUGAGGGCUGAAGAGCAUGUGUGGUAUAUAAUAAUUUUGUUGGAUUUUUUUUUUCAACAUUAUGUGUCUCAUUUUGAAUUGCUUAAACUUCUCACAUUUCCCAAGGCAAAUUCCAAUGAAAACUGACUGGAAAAAAUGUAGCUGUUGCUGAUCUAUAGUCAGAAAAGCCUGUUUAGAUGUCUGUGUAGACCCAUCUUAUGUUUUGAAUAAGGCAUAUGAACUCUAGUUAAAGUUGAAGAUGCUGGAUAAUUGCAAAUGGUGUACUUGGAGUGAAAGCAUAAAAUAGAUGUAUUGGUUUUCUAACUGAGAUUGCACACUUGAUCACUUCUCAAAUUCCUAAUAUUGAAAACUUCAUUUAAGUUUCAGAUAGCUGUGCCAGAUCUUAGUACCUGUAGUGUUGACUUUACUCAUUGAGGAGAUUCAGAAUACCUUAGAUGCAGAAAGGGAAAGAUUUUUAUGUUGAUCAGAUUCACCACUACAGUUCAGAAGGAAAGCUCUCUAAGUUUUUUUUAUCUCUGUUGACCAAGUCCUCAGUGAUGAAUAACCUGAUUCACUGUGAAAUACCGUGAUCAAACACUACAGAAAAUGAGGAAUUUCUGCCAGCCUAACAUUUAAAAACUGAUUUUGUCAUCAACUAACCAUCUUACAGGGAGUUUCAAUGUGACCUCUCAUUCACAAAAGGCAAGGAUCAAGGAUCUCUUAAGUGACUGCUAUCAAGUGAUCCUAUAAAGCUUCUUGUCCCUUUGGAAGAUGUAAGGCCAUGGGCUCUAGGCAGCUGUGUAGUCUGCUCAACUUUUAAUAUGCAAAAGCUAAUUGUUGAACAGAUUCAAAGACAGCAUUACUUGUUUUAUUACUCUGGCAAUGGAAGUAUCAAAAUUAUAUCAGUAAUAAAAUCUAUACAAUUUUUUUCAUAAAAUCAAAUAUUAAAUCAUAAAGUGAAAUACAUGGGGUCAUUGGAAAUUUUGCUUUCUGUUUCUAUGCAUGACCCUUUUCCCCACAACAUAUCAGCAGCUCUGAGUUGCUGUAACUACCUGCUGUCUGACUCACAUUUGUACCCAGGGUCUCUGACAAGUUUUAGUGUAUAAUCUGGUCACACAAAGAAGUAGAAGCAUAUUCUUUUACUUACUCUUGAUGUAUUUUAUUAAUUUUGGUGGAAUUGACUGGUUUGUCUGCAGAAAAUUUGGUACAUUCAUUCCUAAAUUGCUUUGUAUCACAAAGAUAUUAUGGGUUGUGGAGGUACACGUUUUUCUCCUCUUUACCUUGUUUAUAGAGAAAUACAGAUUAGGGUUUAAAUUGCUCCUGGCUUUGCUACUCUAGCUGUCUUUCAAGUAAAGAAGAUAUUAUGCCUUGCACUACCUAUACUGAGUCUUCUUUCUCAAGCCUGUUUCAGCUGCUCUCAAAAUCUGCAUGCUUAUAUCUAUCAAAACUCUUAAGUUUGCAUGAGCUCAAGUGCACCUGUGCAGCUGAUCACGAGUGGGCACUGCUUGUCCUUGAUGGCAUUGCUGCUGAGCCAUGGCUGGCUGUCAUUUCUAGCGCUGUCCUUUAUCUUUUCUCUGUUCUCAUUCAUUUCUCUUUCUUUCUUCCAUAGUAUAUGGCUCCUUCUCCAGGUUGCCUCCACAGCAGCACAUCCAUGUUAGAGCUUGGCUCCCUGACACAGGUGACAGCAGCUCUUGAAGCACAACUGCCCUGCUCACCCGAGCCUCCUGAUCUCUCUUGCAGUGGUUGAAUGAAGGAUGGCUGAGGCAGCAGACAUGGAAGGUGAGUGUGGUUCAGGAAACAAGCCACUUCCUUAUGCUCAGUUACAACACUCCAUUCCAUUAGGCACCCACAGCAGUGCAGCCAUAACUUGGUGAUUGGCGGGGAAGGUGUGGAAUAAACAGAACUGUCAAUAGGCAGAGUUUGGAGAAUGUCAGGGUGAUUUCGGCAAGGGCAGAGAAUCGCAUGUGUCUAAAUGGUGUUUGUGGGACACUCAAAUCUUGAACUCACAGGCGUUAACUGAAAUAGAGAAACAAGGCUACAAAUUGUGUUCAUUACAGUCCUUUUAUUUUUUUAAAGAAAUGCUGGGAAUAUCAGCAGGCUCACAGGCAAUGAGAGCUGCUUUAGUCCUACUCCAAAGCAGUGGUUCCCUGUUUUGUGGUAUGAAUAUACCAACUGAGCACUCCACUGUUUCAGGAGCAUGGGUUGCCUGUGAGCACGAAAGCCUGAAUGGGUUUUCAUUUUACAACCAGGAUGGAAAGAGGAAAACCUUGAAAGAAACGGAGUGAGUGAAGGUGUACAGGACAAAGAACUGACUGGCAGUGUGGUUAAGGCAUGCAGAGCUGUGAUUUUGGGGAGAUAGGAAGGGCACUGUGGCUGUAAUAGCUGUUAAUCCAGCUGAACACAAGAGGGCUACAGGAACAAGUUUUCUCUGGAUUGAAAAAGUUCUCGAUGGAGCUUUGGUAAUGCCUGUCUACCUUUGGCCUGCUUUUAAUUUUAUACAGCUGGGAAAUGAAAUAAAAUGCUACUUGACACCCUUUAAGUGCUUGUGUACACCUAUCACUUCAGUACAGACUAUAAUUAUUUGGAUUGCUAUUUUUAACACUUUUCUAAUACUUUAUAAAGGUUUGGACUACUUACUGAACAUGUUGCUGCUGAUAAGGUAUCAACAUCUGUGGCACAGGUACAUGAUUUGGUAUGUGCAAUAGUGAUAUGAAUACUUUGUUCUGCACUUAAAUUGUGGAGAAUCCAGACUUUGUGAGCAAAUAAGGAAAAAGGAACAUAGGAAAAGCAAUCUGAAAAAGUACAAGCCCUGCCUAGUAACCAAGUGCAAGUGUUAGGUUGCUUCUCUAUUGAUCCAAAGUGUAAUUAAAAGCUACCUCCUGCAGCUGAAUUUAAAUUGGGCUUUUAAAGUUUUUUUCUUUCCCCCACAGACCCAGUAUCAAGUGGUUAAAAACCUGCACAGCAGGUCUCCUAUAAAAUCACCAAGUGGAGUGUUCAUCAGCCUCAACUCCUUGGUUUGCACAGGGCAACUUACCUGAAGUAGUCUGUGAGCUCAGUUCAGGUGCUGAAAAACAAUGCCAAAGCAUCUGCUGGCUAGAAUCAGAAUAAGUGUUCAGUGCUCUGUCUCAUUUGUUGUGGUACUCAGUGUCAGUGAAAAGGCUCUUCCUGCAAUAAAAGGGUCAUUUGGUUUUUUUCAGAAGGAAAGCUUGUGCAGUUUUGUUUAGAAGGAAGUGAGAAUGUUAGAUUUUGUUCAUUCCCUAGUGUUCUUUAGACAGUAGUGUGUGUCUCUUAAUUGAAGCUGACAGGAUUUGUUCCUCUUAAAAUGCACAGGAAAAUAACUUCGCAAUUAAUUGUAAAUCAUUGCUGAAUGUAUAGCUUUACUUAUAUGGUUCAGGAUUAGCUUCUGAAGUGCACAAAGCUUGCAGAGAUUAGGAGGACCCAAAACAAAGCCUGUUGCAGGUUUAGGCAUCUGAUAUUCUAGCAAUUACUUCUUUUCACAUAAAUAAUGCCCAGAGCCACCAAAAACUGCUUCUUAGAAGCUAGGGAAGUUUUUCAUCAGGUGUAGGCACUCAAGGCUCACUGAAUCCACUAACUCUUGCUGUGAAUGUUUUCUACUUCUGACUAUGACAGGCUGCUAGGAGAGUGGAAUAUGAGCAAAGAGGAUAAAAUAUGCCAAAGUAGUAAAAAGCUCCUUGCCUCUCUUAAAAGCCUGUUUCAAAGAACCCUUAAGAAAGAAAAUGUUUAUAUUCAUUCCAUGCAGAAAAGGAAGCCAAAAAAGAAGGGUCUCAAAGCUGCUUUUUGCAGCAGUUUUGAGUUAGAGAAAUAAAUAUGCAUUACUUUGCAAACAUUCAUGUUCAAGUUAACUAACUGAGCCUAAGGGAAGUAGUAGAAGGAGUUCAUGUUGUGGCAUUUAACUGACAUAAGUUCACUUCAUUGGUUCACCUGGCACAACUGUGUGCCCCAGCUGCCUCCCCCUGCUGAGUGACACUAAUAGCUCAAACUUCCCAGCUAGGAACUACUGAUGGUUAUCUUCUUUAUCAGAAAAUUAUGCAGCUACACAGUGCUAGUGACAGAGAGGCAGGGAGGAGAGAAUUCCAAGUCCUUGCCAUGGCUAGUUAGGCAGUCAUUAAGUGCAGCCUGGCUUUCUGAGCUGGAAAGCACCUAAUUUAGGCAUGAGGCUAUAUCUGCAGGCUUGUUUCUGUAGGGCUUCUUUCUCCCAGCUUCCAAGAUUGGCCAUAAUGGGCUGACUUUGGCCACUGCUCUUAAUGUUCACUCUAUGCACGUUGUGUUUGCUGCUGCUGCCACUUUUUUUCUGAUUAUUUGCAAAAACACACAAGUAGCAGGCUGGUUCUCUUGAGUUUAUGGCCUAAUUAGGUAAGAAUUUUGCAUAGAGAAGUAAAAUUAUUGGGGAACAGUUGUUAAGCAAAAAAAAAUUAUUGUCCAUCACAUGAGUAAAUUAGACAGGUAGGCAGUGAGGGGUAUGUUCAUCCCUUAUUUUAAAUUCCUUUUGGAGAUGCAAGUAUUGAUGCCUCACAUCCGUAGUACAGCUGCACUGUGGUGUCCACAUUCUUGUGUGUUAGGCAAAUCCAGUUCUGAGUGUUCUCUGAGACCUGGCUUUCCCAGAGCUUCAGUGCAAUCUGUGAACACUCCCCGUUCAGCAAGGGAGUGUUUGGGGUUUAAGUGCAGAGUCAGCCCUCUGUUCUGCAUAGGCCACAGCAGGUAGAGCUGGGGGUGCAAGGGACAGGGGUACGAACAUGGCUGUGAGGAAGGCAGACCUUUAUCUCCUGGGAGAGGCAGUGUGCGUACUGUGGCACUUUGUGUGGGUCUUUCAGAGAAUGUGGUAAAAGGUUUUAGUCUGCUUUAACAGAUCCUGAUUGUACUAAGUAUGUAUUUGGCAGGCUCACUGAAGGCAAGGUGGUGCCCCAGUAAAACCAGUGAGGCCAGUGCUGUCUGGCAGCACAGCACGGUGUGUGCUGCACCCCACAGCACAAAGGGUGAGAUGUUCCUGCCCUCUGGAGAUAGUGCUGCUUUAUGGGUUGGGGAUGUGUCCUCGGGAAGGGCAGGGGCCAGGGACAAGUGAGCAGAUGUAUCUCUGAGAUCUGUGGGGCAGCUGGGCCUUGUACUUCGUGUGGUGCACUCCAGAAGUGAAAGCAGAGCACUGGGCAGCCAGCAGCAUCACGGCACAGCGUGCCAUGUGCUGCUUGGUGGGCUGGAACAUGCAGAAACCAGAGCUGAGCAAGCAGGAGCAGUGUGUCUGUAUUGACCAACCCAAAACUUAGGGAGCGCUGAGGGGAGUAGGGUCAUGCACAGUUAGGGAAAUGUGGAAACUACCACCAUGCUGUUGAAUGAGCAUAAGGAGCACACAUCCGCAUUUGCUCUCUGCUCUUGCAAAUUUGCAUUUCCAACUGGGAGCAGAUUUCAACCCAGCUGUGCAAUUGCUUUUGGCCAGGGAUCUGUCUCCCUUCUCUCAAGCCAGAGGCUGCAGAGGGGUUGUCGUUGACACCACAGGGAUCCCUGAAGUCCUCAAGUCCCUUUGGAUUUCUUUCCCUUUCUCACUGAUGGCUUACCUGCACCAGUGCAUGCAGGAGCAGGGCACAGUUCUUCCCUGCGUGAGCAGUUGGGAUCCAUAUCCUGAACUGAUGCAUGCUGUGCUCUGGGAGAUGCCUCUCCUUUAGACUACAGACAGGGGACUUAAGCAUGCUAAGUCCUCUCACUUUAUGCUCAAGUGGUAGUUUGCAUCUGGAUCGGACUCCUGGUACAAAUUUGAGAAGCCUUAGGCCGGGAUUUAGAUCUUUUGAUUCAAGUGCUGAGUCUUGGAUGUUACACAUUCUUUUGGCACCAGCUGCUUAUCAGCAAAUCCCUGCCACAGGUUAUAGGGAUUUGCUGAUGUCUUGCCCUCUCAUCCAGCUGCAUCACAAAGCACCGCUGAGCCAAGCCCAGCCACUGAAGGCAUUUAAACUAUAAGAGUUCCAUUUUGAUGGAGAUGGGCAGCAGAGCAAUCAUGCCUGUAGAUCUACCCGUGUCUUUAGGGCAUGAAUGUUUGACGGGGGAGUAGCUGGAGCCAGUGGAUGGCAUGAACUGUGUUUUAUUGGUGUCGGGAAUGCCGAGGCGCCCUGUGAGCGGCUCUCGCUCGCUCGGGGCAGCAGGUGCGGCCGCCCCGUGCGGGGGGCCCGGCACACGCGGCCUGCCAGCACCCUCGCUGCCGGGCUGUCGCUCUGUGGAGCCCUGCCCGGCCCUGCCCCGGCCCCCGCCCGGCGGUGCGGUCCCUGGAGCCCGGCCCGCGCCCGGGGCGCUCCCCGGAGCGGCGGGAGGAGCGGCGGGAGUUCCCUUUCGGGGCAUUGUGGGAAGGCGAUGCGGCCCGGCCUCACCUGAGCGGGGCGGGCGGGACGGAGGCGGCCGGGCCGGGCUGGGCCGGCUCCCAGCCAGCCGCCGCACCAUGAUACACUUUAUACUGCUGUUCAGUCGGCAGGGGAAGUUAAGGCUUCAGAAAUGGUACACGACGCUACCUGAUAAAGAGAAGAAAAAGAUCAUUCGAGGAAUUAUUCAGAUUAUUUUGUCUCGCAAUCAAAAAACAAGUAGUUUUGUUGACUGGAAAGACCUCAAGCUUGUUUACAAAAGGUAUGCUAGUUUGUAUUUCUGCUGUGCAAUAGAAGACCAGGAUAACGAGCUGCUGACACUAGAGGUCGUUCAUCGAUACGUGGAGCUCCUGGACAGAUACUUUGGAAAUGUGUGCGAGCUGGAUAUUAUCUUCAAUUUUGAAAAAGCUUAUUUUAUUCUUGAUGAGUUUAUAAUUGGUGGAGAAGUACAAGAGACUUCAAAGAAGACUGCAGUGAAAGCCAUAGAAGACUCUGACAUGUUGCAGGAGACAGUGGAAGAAUACAUGAACAAGCCUGCAUUUUAAUGUUAAACUACCUGGAGAGAAAACUGCUGUAUGUGCUGUAUGCACCUCAAAAGUGCACUUCCUGAAAUUCUUCCCAAUGUGCCAGAUCCUCAGAGAAAUACCAAAAACCAAUAACUGAAGGAGUUUGUUUGUAUAAUGGUGAAGAUGAAGGUCAGCUAAUGUAGCAAAGGGUUUAACAAUUCUGUGCUUUGCAUUACUCUGUACAUGAGUUUCUCAGAGUUGUUACUGCCCCAGUCUAGUUUCUCUUCUGGCUACUGGACUCAACUCUUGUUUUGUACAUCUUUUAGCUACGGGUUUUGUCAUCACAAAAUGCUCCUCUGACAAUACUUUGAAGAGGUUUUUUACAAGUUUUGUUCACUGCUGACUGUAUGACUCUACUUUUGUACAAAUGUCCAUUAUUUUGAAUGUAAUGGUUAUUCUGCUGUAAUAAUAAUUUUUUUCUAAAAGCCAAAUUGUUGUGGACCCUGAUUUUACAAACCUGUUGUGUCAAGAUUAAUUGUUGAAGUAUAUGAGGAAAUAUGCUUCUCUUUGGGGCAGCUCCUUUCUUUCACUGUCUUCCUUUUCUUUUCUGCUCUAGUCUGCUAAUAAGACUGCUCCAACUGCUCCUAGAGUGCACUCCAUGCCUCCUUUUAAUCUGGAAGACUGUUUGAAGGUAAGCUUCUCCUAAGUUUAAUGAAUCCUCUUUUUGCUGCUGCAUGCAGAUGGCCUGUUUCUGUCUUUCUCCUCAUUUCCCUAUCCCCUUCCUAGAUUCUCUGGACCUCUCCAAAAGUUCCAAACUUUGAAAUUGUGCAGCGUGAGUGUAGGAGAAAACUGAAGAGAAAAAAAUCAGCCUUUGGAAGAUAAUCUUGUGUAACUUUUGGUAUCCCAAAUGUGUAUUUCCCAGUAGAGUUUUCCAGUCUCAAAUUCACUCACCUGUUGGGAUGAUCAGCUUUCUAGUAGUUGAAGAUGCCCUGUUUUUUGAAGGUUGAGCAAUUUAAUCAGCUUUUUAUAACUUUGCAAGCUGUGAAAAGGAUAACAUAGUAGAGAGGAGUCAGCUGGGCUGUGUGCCCCUCCUGUGUGUUACAAACCAUUCCAGCGGAGUGUGUGUGGAGCCAGGUGUGCUAACUUGCCUUGCAGUGCAGUUUAGGCUCUGUAAACUGAUUGAACUGGCUCCCUUAGAGAGAUUGUCCUCCUUUAGCAGAAUCCAAAGCUCAGAGAAUUUCUGUUUAUCUGAGCCCAGAACUCUCAGCUAGAUCUUUUGUUUCUGUCCAAUCAUGAAAUUACUCUAUACAAAAAUUAGGGAAGUUAUCAAAUAUGCCACAAUGAUCCAAGAAUCGUUGCCUUUCCCUUCAAUAUGUACAUUCCCCUUGAUUUCUGGGAUGUACAAUCAAUAUUUUCUUUCAGAGGUCUUUCUAAUCUUUAAAUAUCCUGAAUGCUUAUUCUGAUUUUGUCAUUGCUCCUUCCUUCAGUUUGUAUAUUCCUACAGAAGGGACACUAGGGUUUUUUGGAGAGUGGGGGCACUUUCACACAACACAGCUUAGAUUGUCAGCCCACUAUUCUGACUGUGCUUUCCAGUCUGUUAGUAAAACUGUGACAAACUGCUUCAUAGCAUCAUGUUGCUCUUUUUUAUAAUUACUUUAUCCAUCUGUUUUCUCUGUAUUGAUGUCAAAGGCAUACUUUCAGCCUGGAAAAGACAGUGAAAAUUGCUGAAGGGCCUUUAAUAGCUCUGAAGACAUCCAUUUUAAUAGUAAAUUAAUUGAAUUAUAUGAUUUGUAUAUUAUUUUCUCAUGGUUUGAAAUUAAGUUUUUUUAAAGUACAGUGUUAAAUUGAUUAAGAAAUCACUUCAGAAUGUGCAAAGAGGCUCCUUCUGCUCUUUGCCUUUAUAAGUGACCUCUGCUGACUGAAAUCAUCAGUAGUUUGAUUUUACUCUCUUUUGGAGCCAUGCUAUGAUUCUCUGACUCUUAAACCCGUCAUGUUGGUUGAAUUCUGAAUUAGAUCAAAAUAAGAGUACCAAAAAGAUUUCUUGGUACAAAAGCCUGUCUUUUCAGUCAUUUUAAGAAGAGCUAGAAGGCUUCUUUCUGCAUCAUUCCAAGUUGAAGAGAAUUCCUGAUGGAAGAAAAUAACGGACUGGGUAGAGGUACUUACACCAGCCAUAUCAGUGUAGCAUCUGAAAUAAAUAGCAUUGCCAAACUGGUGAAUCCAGUGUCAGCUUGAGAAGUGUGAAGGAAUUAGUCUGGUUUCCUUACCCUAGUGCAAAAAUUCCUUGGAAUAUGGUGUGCCUGUUGUGCCACCUGCCUCUGUGCUACAAAGAUGAAUGGAAAGCAUGUUAAGUACUCCAAAAGAACUGCUGAAUUAUGUUCAUGCUUCAAGAAACAUCUACAGACUCCUGCUGCUUUUGUGUGUAGGAGAGUUCCACAAAGCAGGCAGGUGAGCCUUAGCUGAUGUGACUUUUGCCUGCAUACUCAAAAACAGGUGGGUUUGAAACAUAAAACUUGUACUUAAGCUUCUUACAACCUUCAAUGAGAAAGGGAUCACUCAGGUAAGUAAUGUUGUAAUGGAAUUCAGUUUAACUCAGGCCUUUCUCCAAAGGGAAGAAGCCCAAAUGAACCCAGUUGUUGUCGAGUCACCUUUAGGUUGCUGUCAGACUGCAUGUGUUCCCAUCUUUGUGAACUUCAUUGCCACUAACAGAACCCUACACAGAUUAGUGCACUGCAGUGCCUAGCUCAUCAGAAGAUUUGUAUCUCCUGAUGUCUUAGUUCCUUGAUUUUUCUUGGAGCAGGAGGUGCAUGUAUCUUGGUGUACAUAUUCACUAAUCUCUGAAGCAUUGCCAUUUAUAUUUGCUGUUGAUGUUUUUCUUUCCCACUUGCCUGACU